GCACAGUGCUACGUCAACAAAACAAAAUGGCUGCGCCCAUAUAAGUUUGUAAACAUUUCAAUGAAGUUUCCGAUCCUAACGGUUUAUUCGAGUAAAAAAGUCAAUAGGUACAGGCGAAAGUUAUCUUUAGAAUAAUUUUUUUGAUAUGAAUAAGUUUUCUUUAUGCUAAGGAUAUAAGUUUCACCAAAUAAACCAUGGGACUUGACUCGUAGUCAUAAUAUCAUGGUCUCUCGUAAACAUGAAACGAAUUUAGCCAAACCUAAAAGCCUAGUUCAACGGAAAUGUUUGUUUCAUUCUGCAGAAUUUCAAGGAAAUUAUAGCAAAUUUGAGUCUUGUUGGAUAUAAGGCGAGAAGUGAUUGUUAUGUUUUCGCUAACACCCGAACACAACUUCACAAGAUUAAGUAAUUGCUGAAUUAGGGUAGUUGGUAGGUAGGUAAAAACUGAUUUUUUUUCUCUUUCGGUUUUGUUUGAGUUUACGUUUCAAAGACGGAGAGAAACAAACAAUCUUCACUUACUGUAGGCGACCCAACCCACAGUAGAAAAGGUACAAUUUCAAAAAACCAUGGUGAAAUCCGAAUAGCAGGUGUGCAGAAUGAGUUGGUGGGAUACUUCCGGUAUCUCCAGCUUUGCAACGCAGGCUUUGAAAAAUGCUCAGAAAAAGAUUGACAAAGUCCUUGACAUUAAUGAGGGUGGAGCUGGUGGAGAAACGGCCUCAGGAACAGAGAGCAAAGUUACGAAGACUUCAGAGGAACCUAAACAAGAAGCAGAAACAAGUUCAUCGUGGUCAUCCUGGGGGUCAUUUGUGUUGGACAAGGGAAAGGAUGAGGGGGAGGAGGACACAAGGAGUGCCUGGUCCAUGCCGUGGGGGACGGACACCAGUUUUACCAGACAAACCAAGCCAAACCAGAAAAAGUCUUCACUGAAGGAAUCCGAAUCCGGAGACACAGAGUCAGCAAACAUCAAGCCUGCUGAGCUGCCAUCCAGGAGUAAGAAAGGGGCACUGAAAAUAAAGUCAAGGGUACAAAGUGAUAAAAGUGAAAUUAAAGACACAGAAGAAAAGGUUGAGGAAAAUGUAGAGGCACAAAGCCAGUCAUUGGAGAUCAGGAACCCAGCAGAUGAUGAGAAGGAAAAAUCAAACAUAGGGGCUGACAGUGGGGCAAUAUCAAACACAGAGGAUCACAGUGGGGCGAUAUCAAACACAGAGGAUCACAGUGGGGCGAUAUCAAACACAGAGGAUCACAGUGGGGCGAUAUCAAACUUAGAGGAUCACAGUGGUGAUUUAUCCGAACAGAGCGAGGUGUUUAAGCCAACAUUAGUUGAAGAAGUACAGAAAAAGAAUAAUGUAGAUAAUGAAAAAGUGAUGUUUGAUGAGGUGCAUCAAUCAGCUAGAGAGGAAAUUUCUGACGAUAAAGUAACGGAGGAAUCACAAGGUGACCCUGAUGUAUCUCAAUGUUCUGAAGACAAUAACUACUCCAGUUUUAUAGAGUUAGAAUCAGAAAGCUCAGAUAGGAAACUACCAAACUCCAAUGUGUCUGAAUCAGGUGACAGGUCAGGGGAACCAGGUGACAGGUCAGGGGAACCAGGUGAUAGGUCUGGGGAACCAGGUGACAGGUCAGGGGAACCAGGUGACAGAUCAGGGGAACCAGAUGACAGCUCAGGGGAACCAGGUGACAGGUCUGGGGAACCAGGUGACUGGUCAGGGGAACCAGGUGACAGGUCAUUUGAAUCGACCAUUACUGAGCAAUUAAACAUAGAAGAAAAGAAUCAAGAAAGUCACCCAUCAGAGGUAGCUCAUUCUGAUUCCUCUGAUCAUAAGGACACAACUGAAAACAUACAGGAGGGAGAAAAUGUUAUUGUGAUAGACAAUUCAGUGGAAUGUAUAGAUCAGAACGAGAAAACAUUGGCUGGUAAUAUAAGUGCUGAGAAAAGUAACGAUGUGGUAGAAAUUAUAUGUGAAGAGAAUGAUAUAGAAAUACAAAAUAAACAAGUGGAUGGCAAAGAAGCUGUGGAAAGGCUGGAGGAAGGCUCUACUCAAGACACAGGUGGAAAAUUAGACGAGAAUAUUCCAAUUUCUGUGGAUUCUUUGGGAGUAGAAAGCAAAUCUCAGCCUGUGAACAUUCCGUCUAGUAGUGUAGACAUUGACCAGUACAAACACUCUGAUUUACCGCUGAGUCCAUCAACAGCGAGUUCGCUGGGUGGAACAGACUCAGACACUAACAAGCUGGACAGCAGUUUGGAUACAUACACCUCAGAUGAAACCAUCGUGGAGAAAAGUUCUAAUAAAAUGACAAAAUCCGAUGAAAGCAUUCCAGGGGAUGAUAUUCCAGAAAAUGAUAAGAUCUCAGAAAGCAUGGGAGAAAUCUCUCCCAGUAGUUCAUAUGUUAAAUGCAUGAUUGAGGAUGCAAUGGACGACAGCGCCAAGAUGGAGGACAACGGAAGUGACACGCCCUCAAAGUCCGAAUGCUCUCGCAGCACAGGGGGACACGACUCUGGCGAUGAAUUAUCCACCACCACAUCUUCUGAUAUUGAAAUCAUAUCAACUCCGACAUCCAAUGGCGAUGGGUCUAAAAUUGUGGAUUUGUCUCCCCUUAAGAUUUCCCUGCAAAAGACUCGGAGAGGAAGCAGCCCCACCCAUAGGCGAUCAGACAGUCAGUCUAGCUCCAGUACCCACAGCAGGGAGGGACAGUUUGAACAGCUCAGUCCAGGGAGGGAUUACCUAGAGGACGACGACCAUAAGCAGCUUCAUCACAUGCAGGAAGGAGGGAGGCAUGAUCUGUUUCCAUUAAGUGAACAUUUUGAAAACAAUCAACAAGAGAAACUGAUAAAGUUACAGACGGUACCUGAGAGCCCAGAUGCCAGUAACAGUGAUGUAUCGUACCAGCAGAAAAUAGCUGAGUUGACAGAAAUUCUGCAGGCUAGAGAAAGCAAGAUGGUCCAAAUGAGUAAAGAUAGCAAUGACCUCAUGGAAACCAACAAUAUCUUACGCAAUCAAAUUAAGCAGCUGGAAGAACUUCGAGGAGCGGAAACGGAGGAUGUAAACAAUGUAACAUCAGAGUUCACCAAAAGGCUGUCUGAGGCGGAGCAGAAGAUCAACCAAGUAAUACGGGAGAAAGAAAGCAUUAAGAAACAACUACAGGACACGCAGGAGGAGUCGACAAAGAAAACCAAUGAGAAAUCUCAACAGAUUCAGGAGAAGGACCAGCAAAUUUCAGAACUGAUGCAAGAAGGAGAGAAGCUUUCCAAACAGCAAUUGCAGAGUAACAACAUCAUUAAGAAGCUAAGAGCCAAAGAGAAGGAAAAUGAUUCCCUUAUUUCAUCACAGAAGAAGAAGCUGGAAGAACAAAAGACUGAGUUGGAACACCUGCGCAAGGUGUGUGACGUAAAGGACGAUUUGGAGAAGAAACAGACAGAUGCCAUUAAUCAGCUGAAUGCAGCUGUACAGAAGCAAGAAAGAGAAAAAUCAAAACUUAAGAGUGACCUAGAAGAUGCACAGGAGAGAGUGCGGGGUUUACAGACAGCGCUGGACAACUCUUACAAGGAAAUAGUAGAGUUACACCGCUCAAACGCAGCACAAGACAGCAAGGCAGCUGAGACAGCGCUCAGUCUUGAGAUGCAGGUCAGAGAGGAACUCAAAUCUCAGCUCGAGCAGGAAUGCAAGAGCAACAUACAGGAGAAAGCAGGACUCAUCAAUCAGAUAGAGGACCUGAGAAUGACUGUCUCUAGGAUGGAAAAAGAACACAACAGACGAGAGGACAUGCUUCGUCAGGAAAUCUCAGACCUACAAAGGCAUUUACAGGAAGAUGAAGCUAGAAACCAGGACCUAACACAGAAUGUGACAUCAGCUACCCGCCCACUACUGCGACAGAUUGAAAGUCUUCAGUCGACCUAUGCAGCUCAGGCACUCUCAUGGGAAAAACUGGAAAAAAAUCUCUCUGACAGGCUAAUUGAAAAUCAGACCCAGUUAGCCACCAUGACGGAGAGAGAAAGAUCGGCAAAUGAAAAAGUGAUGGAGCUCUCUGCUGAAACGGCCUCUCUGGAGUCCCAGAACAGCGGGCUACGGCGGGAUAAAGCCCAUCAGACGGCGCAGGUAGAGAUGUUAAAGACCAAAGUACAGGUGUUGGAGGAUGCAAAACACAGUGAGACAGCCCAGAUAGAGGCCAUCAAACAGCAGAUGUCGCAGGAAAUCUCAGAUCUCAAAAAAGAAAAGGUGUUCCUGGAAACUCAGCUAGACAUGGAAAAGAACAAAGUAGAGCAAGAAAGGAAGAAACUGUUGCUGGCUCAGGAACAGAUCUCACAGAUAGAGAAGGAUUUACAGCGUCCCCAGUCCCGUGGCUCGGCGUCACCAUUGUCGGUGUCCAGAGCGGACAGCGUGGUCGGGGAUCAGAGUUCUAUGGUUAUAUCACUUACACAGGAUGAUUUGGACAGAAGCUUUGGGAUAUCUCCUGUGUCCAGUAGAUCAACCUUAUACGAGAGUAUUCGACAAGGGGGUGGGGCUGCAAAUUUGAUUGACAACCUCCAGUGGCAGCUGAAACAGAGAGAUGGUGAAGUCCUACAGCUAAGGAGUGAUAUUCAACAACUGGAAAGAACAAGGGAGUCCAUGGCACGAGAACUAGUCAAUUUGACCAAUCAGAAUGAAGAAAUUCAAGAGAAAAUUGAGGAGUUACCACAACUUAAAAACCAAUAUGAGGAGCUGAACCAAAGGUAUGAUGCUCUGUUGCAAAUGUACGGAGAGAAGGUAGAAGAGGCGGACGAGCUCCGACUGGACCUCCAGGACGUCAAGGAAAUGUACAAGUUACAGAUUGAUCACCUUCUUGCAAAGUAAUGGAAACAGAGUAUAUGACAAUGUGCAAUACUGUGAUAUUGAUUCAGCUCAGAAAGUACACUGUGAUUCAUAGGGGUGCUUAGACCAGAGGGGACCUAAAUAGAUGGAAAGCGAAACCAGUGGGCACCCAAUCAGUGGCACCAUUCUAGAAGAAUCUACUGUCUAUUUAAAAAUCAUCCAAGGAAAUUAGGAAUUUUGCAAGGACAACCUUAAGAUUAUUUUGUAUUGUGAAAUAUAUUAUACGUAUAUGUCAUACACUUACUGUAAUUUCUUACUCUCUACCAUCGGCUCAUACAGUGUGAGAGAGUAACCGACAACUCUGCAUGGAGAUUGGUAAUUUCUAGGAGGAUCAACUAGUGUAAAUUUUUCUACAGUGUUCAUGAAAUUAUUCUUUGAGAAGUCUUGUAAAUUUUAAGGGUGAAGACAAUAAGAUUUUCUUUAUAUAUAUAUAUAUUGACAGAGAUAUCGAUCAUAAAUUCCAAGUUUUGAAUGAAAUGUGUGCGUCUCAAGCAGUUUACAGAACUCUGUAAAUGAACAUUCACAGUAGAAGUAGAUAGCUUUCAGUGGAACUGAAGUGGGAUAAAUCUUUUGUUAUUGAACAUGUAUCCUUGUGAACGGGAGUGAUACGCAGGGCUUUCAUAGUGUGGUAGGUGACUGGAUUAGAAUAAUUUGGUAUUCAGGACGCUGCAGAUUGCGUAAAGAACGUAAUACGUAUCUGUGAAAACAGAGCGACUGCUUAUGGGAGUGGGGAGGAAUAAGUCGGUCACAAAACUGUAUUUAUUGAUUUUUAUAGAAUACAUGUACAAUGGUUACUGAGGACUAGUAUGUAAUGAACUUGUAUGGUCUGAUUCCUUGCCUUAAAGGUGUGCAUGCUUCCAAUCUAGUGUUUGUACGGGGACAAAUGUAUUUCCUAGAUGUUUAUACAUGUAACGGUCAAUUAUCAAUGAUGCCAUGUACUAAGAAUAUUCUUCGUUUUUCCUGCAAAUCUAUUGUAAUUUUUCUUAAACCAAAUCAAGAUCCAAAUACAUGGACUGCACUGACUUCAUUUGCUGUGCAUGUGUCCAUUUUGAGUUGGUUUGGGAAUCUGAUUUAUGGAAUGCCAUUUGUUUUCAUGUCUGUAUUUUCCAAGUUCUUGUUAAUAUUUUCUGUUCGGUAAUUGUUUAUGAUUGCCAGCCAAAUAAACUCUACAAGAGGCAAACAAA